AGCAGCAGUAGUGACCCCAUGAAGCUCUCGGACGAGGAGUGGAAGCAGCGUCUGACGCCCAUGCAGUUCCAGGUGCUGCGCCUCAAGGGCACGGAGCGCGCCGGCACGGGCGAGUACAACAAGCACAAGGAGACGGGCGUGUACGUCUGCGCUGGCUGCAAGACGCCCGUGUACACGUCCACUACCAAGUUCGACUCGGGCUGCGGCUGGCCCGCCUUCUAUGACGCCAUCCCCGGCGCCAUCAAGGCUGUACCGGAUGCUGACGGUCGUCGCACGGAGAUCAUGUGCGCCAAGUGCGACGGCCACAUGGGUCACGUGUUCAAGGGCGAAGGCUUCAAGACGCCUACGGACGAGCGCCACUGCGUGAACAGUGUGUCGCUCGUGUUCCACGCCGGUGAGGUCCCCCCACAG